AUGUUGUUAGCUUGUCAACAGAAGCACUCAAUACUUGUGUGUAAAUUAUUAGAUAAAAAAUCAAUACCAAGAGGCUUUGAAAACGUGAUCAGUAUUCAACAUCAUUUUUUACCACUUCUUGUUCACAUAAUUUAUUUAAUUUCCCUUUCUUUAAUGUCUGUAUUGUCGAAACAAAUCAACAACUUAUUAUUACGGAAUUCUCAAAGCUUGCAAGGUGAUUGCCCUCAACAACAAAUUGAGUUUUCUGGUUUCAUUUCUGAUUAUCUAACUUCUUUACCCUCUCUUCAUUAUAAUUAA